AUGCUGUGGCUGCUACACCAUGUCGUGCUGAGCCUGCUCAGCUUGUCCCAAAUUUCCGGCUCCGAUUCGGUGAGCGCGGUUUCGCAGACAGAGGCCAUCCUCGUGCAGUCAUUCCGUCACUUUGACCCCUUCCAUGGAAGUAUCCACUUCCCCAGAGGCCGCUUGGCAGACCGGAGCAACAGGACACUGCGAGUCACCGGCUGGCUGGGUGCAGCCAUCGGAAUCUUCCGCACCUGCUGGGGCUGCUAUAAUGGCUUUUGUACGUCGAGGAGCAUCUGUUGCCGGCCAAGGCCAGAUCCGGGCUGUUUUGACGGAUUGUAUUAUACGAGAGACGAGUGUUGCGGCACGAGGCACACAGCCCAAGCCAACCAUCCUGAGUACCUUGUCCAGUCUCUCUACGAGCAGCUGGGCAUGGAACAAGAAUACCAGCGCCUGACGGCACGCAGACUGGAACAUCUUGCAUCGCUAGCGCUGCCGUUGUGGAGCCGUCGGGUGCUGGAGUUGGGUGCGCGACAAGGGGACCUGACUCAUUUCUUCACAGAUCGGGGCUGCAAUGUUACGAUCGUAGAGCCCCGCAAGAGCAACAUCGUCACACUUCGACAGAGGCUUUUCUUGGGACAUCUCUUUCCUGAGCCGGGAAGGGUCGAGAUCAGGUCUAUGGAUGUGGAAGACUCUCUCCCGCAAGGUGACUGGGACAUCGUCUUUUGUUAUGGGCUCUUGUACCAUCUGCAGGAGCCAGAAAGGUUUCUGGAGAAGGUCGCGCCAUUGGUUUCUGAGUUAUUGCUUUUGGAAACCGUCGUAUCGGCUUUCGUCCGGGACGCCGAUGAACCUCCCGAACCUGCUUCAAUGUCCCUCCGUGGCCGCGUGCGUUUUCUGCGCAGGGAGGACAUCUUCCGAUUACUGAAGGGACUGUUUCCUUACGCAUACGUCCCGGCGACUCAGCCAAACCACGAACAGUUUGAGACGGAAUGGGCGCAUCAGUCUGGCCUUGCCCGUCGGGAUGCGAUCCUUGAGCAGCUGGAUCGAGAUCCCAUCAUUGCUCAUACCAACAAGGACAAGAUCAAGUACUAUCACGAGCAGCUCUUCCGCAGCCACCAAAUGUUGCUGAUGGACACUGCAACUUCCGAGUUCCUCUUCCUGAACGACUUCUUCGACACCAAGGGGGAAAUCGGUCUCUUUGUAGAAGUCUUCGGAAAGACGACGCAGUACUUCUUAGAUGCCCUUGAGGGCUUCCUGGGAAACUGCUGGGACUCGGUUGGGUUGUUGCUGAUGGUUCGAAUCGUGGACUUCUACAGGAAGCGCAUGCAGCAGCGCAAGGUCAGCUGUCUGGACUCCUAUUUGGAUGCCCUGCAGCUGCUUCUCUGGCCAAGGCUCCGAGUGGUGCUGGAUGCUAACAUUGUGUCCCUCCGGAAGGCCUACCAGCAGAACCUGCAACCACCGACGAACAACAAUCCACACUUGGUAACACGGAGGUUUGCCGAGCUCGCGGCAUCUUUGUACUUCCUGAGCUCCAGCGAAGACAGCGGCCUUCCCGACACCUUGCAACAGCCUUUGGCUGCCAUGCGGCAGGAGUUCUGCACGCUGCUUUCGGCCAUGGCGAACCGGUUGGAUGGGCAGGACUCCGGCCUUGUCUUUCUCGUGAACAACUACGACCUGGUGCUGACCGUGUUCCACGAGCGCCACCUUCCCCGGAACGCGACUUCCGUUUUUGAGGAUCUGUUGCGUGACCAGGUGCAGAAGUUUGUCGAAAGCCAGCUGAUGCGCCACUACCCGGAUCUCGUGACGUUUGUGAAGAACACGGAGCCUGCCGUAGCAAAAAUCGACGAGGCGACGGCACGAUCGCAGCCGAGCCAAUCCCCACCACCAGGCGUCGAUGUGCAGAAAAUGGAGCAGGUGGUUCGCAACUUCGCGGCGAACUGGAAACGGGAAAGGGAUCAGAUCCACCAGUACGUCAUGGUUUCUUUCAGCAACUUCUCCAACGGAAUGGAGAUCUUGAAGCAGGUCCUGACGCAGCUUCUGCUCUACUACACGCGGCUCCAGAAAGUUAUCUUGAAGACUUUUCCGCAGCAACAGCCAGCCUUUGCGAGCGAGAUGGUCCCGAAUACCAC